UUCAUUUGGAACUUAGUGGAGUCAACCAGAGUGUUUGGAAGCGGGGGGGACAGAGACCGGGUCUGUUUGGCAGCAGGGACGCCCGAUCGAGGACAGCACUGAGGGAAGCUUCAUAAGGCGGCGGUGGCUGGGCGCGGCUCCUGACUUGUGCAGUCAUGGGCAGGCCGGAGGGGUUGGCCAGGCUUCCUCUGGUGACAGUUAUGGCUUCGUCUGUCCUGGCUCUCUCCAUCCUCUUCAUCUGCGUCUCCAGCCUACCUCAGCCCCUGCCCAGACUCUUCCUCUCAUAUGAAGACCUGCAGGCGUCCCAGUCUUUUGAACAUUUCAGUCUGUCCGACAAGGCCAUGGACUACAGGAUCCUGCAGAUGGACGAGGACCAGGAUCGGAUGUAUGUGGGCUGUAAGGACCAUGUCCUCUCCAUGGACAACAACAACAUCACGCAGGGCACCCUCAAGCUGUUUUGGCCCGCGUCUGCGAGCAAGAUAGAAGAAUGCCAAAUGGCUGGCAAGGACCCUACGCAUGGCUGUGGGAACUUCAUCCGCGUGGUGCAGCCCUACAACAGGACUCACCUGUUCAUGUGUGGCAGUGGAGCCUACAGCCCCGUCUGUGUUUACGUCAACAGAGGCCGGCGACCAGAGGAGCAAGUCUUCCACAUCGACUCCAAGACCGAAUCUGGCAAGGGACGCUGCUCCUUCAAUCCCCAAGUAAAUACUGUGUCCGUCAUGCUCAAUCAGGAGCUGUUUUCGGGCAUGUACAUAGACUUCAUGGGGACAGAUGCUGCCAUCUUCAGGAGCCUGACCAAGAGAAAUGCGGUGCGGACUGACCAGCACAACUCCAAGUGGCUGAGCGAGCCAGUCUUCAUUGAUGCCCAUCUGAUUCCGGAUGGAACGGAUCCAAACGACGCCAAGCUGUAUUUCUUCUUUCGCGAGAGGCUGACAGACAACAGCGGAAACACUAAAGAUAUCCACACCAUGGUGGCCAGAGUGUGUCCGAAUGACAUCGGGGGCCAGCGGAGCCUGGUGAACAAGUGGACCACCUUCCUGAAGGCCAGGAUGGUGUGUUCGGUGCUGGAGGACGAUGGUACCGAGACUCAUUUCGACGAACUGGAGAGUGUGUUUUUGCUGGAAGCCGAUCAGCCCAAGGGCCUGUUGGUGUUUGGCGUCUUCACUUCCACAAGCUCCGUGUUUAAAGGCUCAGCGGUGUGUGUGUAUAACAUGGCUGACAUCCUCACCGUCUUCAAUGGGCCGUUCACUCACCGAGAGGGACCCAACUUUCAGUGGGUGGCCUACCAGGGUCGGAUCCCAUACCCAAGGCCAGGAACCUGCCCUGGCGGGGCCUUCACCCCGGACAUCCACACGACCAAGGAGUUCCCAGACGACGUGGUGACGUUUGUGAGGAACCAUCCAGUGAUGUUCAACCCCAUCUACCCAGUGGGCAGGAGACCCCUUGUGGUCCGUACCAACGCUGACUACAAAUACACCACCGUGGCUGUGGACCAGGUCAUGGCCGCGGAUGGCAACUACCAAGUCCUCUUCCUUGGCACAGACAAAGGUACAGUGCAGAAGGUGAUCGUCCUGCCAACUAAUCGUUCCCUGGACGAAGAUUUGAUCCUGGAGGAGCUGGAAGUGUUUAAGAAUCGAGCUUCGGUGACAAACCUGAGAAUAUCCUCGAAAAAACAACAGCUGUACGUCAGCUCGGAGCACGGGAUCUCCCAGGUCUCCUUGCACCGCUGCCAUGCUUACGGCUCGGCUUGCGCUGACUGCUGUCUGGCCAGAGAUCCCUACUGCGCCUGGGACGGACUCAGCUGUUCCCGCUUCUACCCCACCGGCAAAAGGAGGAGCCGGAGGCAGGACGUUAUGCACGGCAACCCUCUCACACAGUGCAGAGGAUUCAAUCUGAAAGCUUACAGGAAUGCAGUGGAGAUGACGCAGUAUGGUGUGAAAAACAAUACCACCUUUCUGGAGUGUCUCCCCAAGUCUCCCCAGGCCUCCAUCCGCUGGCUCAUUCAGAGAGACAACGACAGGAGGAAAGAGGUAAAGCUAAGCGACCGGAUCCUCUCCACCGAGUACGGCCUUCUCAUCCGCUCCGCCCAGCUGUCCGACCAGGGCCUGUACUACUGCCUGACCACCGAGAACGGCUUCAAGCGCACAGUGGCCAAGAUCCGCCUGCGGGUGCUGAGUGAGGCCAUGGUGAGCAUGCUGACAGACAAGCAGCAGUCGCCCUGGGCGUGGGCCAGCGCCCUGCACCCCAAGGCCCUGCUGGCGGCCUUCAGCCCUGCAGAGAAUCUGGCCGUGCAGCAGUACUGCAAAGAGAGGAGGCACCUCCAGAGCCUGCGGCCUCAGCUGCAGCCGCCGGGGCCACUUAGAGGAGACCUGGCCAAGCUCAAGCCCCUGCUGGACCGCAGGAAGAGCCGCAACCGCCGUAACCACCUCCCAGACGUCUGACAGAGAAGAGGGCAUCAGAGCUAGCCAAGAAACUAAUUCGCCCCACAUCCCCAGCACCAUCAUCCCAUCCCACCCCACCCCACCCGCCCCUCUGACUCUUUAC